AUGGAAGGAAAUGUCGCUAGAGCUGCGAGGAAAAGACAAUGGGCAAAGGUUCGACGACUGGUGGAACAAGGAGGGAACGUGAAUGAUGUGGAUAAUACAUCGUACAGAACAACAGCUCUACACUUUGCUGCCGCGUGUGGAAAUUCAGAUAUUAUUUCGUUCUUGCUGUCACGAGGGGCGAACGUCAGUCAGACAGACUGUAGUGGAUAUACGCCGCUUCAUGAGGCUGCUUAUAAUCAUGGUGUCGAUAUCUGUCAACUGUUAGUUGAUCACAAAGCAGACGUUACUUCUGUCAACACUAGAGGUGAAACUCUCCUUCACAGAGCUGUAGUUUGUUGGCCUGACUCUCCCCCUGCAUAUCACCUGAUAACAAAUGAGAGUGUGAAUGUAGCAGAUCGUCAUGGUGACAUCCCUUUACACAUAGCAGCUAGAAAUAUAGACAUUGAGACUGUCCAGCUGUUAGUGGAUUGUGGAGCAGAUGCAGCUUGUAGCAAGAGAGAUUGCCCUGAGGUUUGUGUGAUGCUCAUAGCAAAGGGAGCUCAAGUGAAUGCUACAGAUGGCAAUGGAGACACAUCUCUACAGGUUGCAUGUCAGAAAGGAAAUAUGAAAUCAGCUGAUGUGUUAGUUGAAAAUGAUGGUGAUUGCAAUGUAUUGAAUGUAUGUGGUGAGACAUUACUGCACUUGGCUUGUAAGAGUCGUGUUGAAUGUGUUGAGUUAUGUGAUAAGUUGAUAUCACAUGGAGUGAACCCUCAUAUAGCUGACAGAGAAGGAAACUUACCUUUACAUGUUGCUUUCAAGAACAGACUUGCUAAGACAUUUGGCUGGCUAUUUGAACAGUUGGGUUAUUCUACAUUAAAUGACUUAGAAAAGGUGAAUAUUGGUAAGGAAGAUCUUGUAGCCAAUUUAGAUAGUGCCAAUGAAGCUGGUGACACUCGUUUGUGUCAUCACAUUUUAGAACUAAUUGCUAAGUUAGACACUUCAAAAAGAUUUAGUUUGAGUGCAUUAAACUGUCGUUCCAGAUCAGGUUACUUACUCCUUCACACAGCAAUUGAACAGCAGGACUUUACUUUGUGUCAGUAUUUGAUUGAUCAUGGAGCAUCUGUAAAUGCUGAGGUUGUACCUCUACACAAUGAUCGACGUCGAAUUUAUAAUGAACAUCCUCUACAUCUAGCAGCAGAGUUGGGGGACAUUGACUUAUGUCGUUUACUGAUAGAACACGGUGCUAUUGUUGAUGCUGAGAUGAAGGGAGGGAGAACUGCAUUACAUUUAGCCAUAGUUAAACAGGAUAACAAUGUAGCACAACUUCUUAUGUCACAUGGAGCUGAUUUGAGGAAAGUUGUAAUUGGAAAAGAAUCUGCUGUGAAGAGAUCAGAAAAACGAGGAAAUCUCAAAAUGGCAUCAAUCAUUCAAGCUUUUGAAACAUUUCCUGAAGAGAUUGUGUCUCAAGGAGAGGCAGCAUUGCGUAUCUAUCUGUCAAGUUGUGAUGAGGGAUCAGCAGUGAAUGUGUUUUUACGUGUUGAUGUUGUCGGUCGUGAUGGUGCCGGUAAGACGAGCUUAACAAAAUCUCUCACUCUGCAGAAGUUCAAUCGUGAUGAGCCGAGCACAAGAGGAGUGGUGUUUGAUCCAAAGUGUCAGAUUAUUGUGAAGGAAGCAUGUGACUGGACCAACCCUCUCACAAGUGCUGACUACACAGAAAUAUAUGAGAAGAAUGUUGUGAUCAAUAUGGCAGAUACACUCGACACACCACAAGUGAAAGAUCAAUAUUUCAAGUCAAAAGAAGGUCAACCACCAAAGAGACAGAAACGCAGUCGUGUUGCAAGCAAAUCGUCAAAGCAAGACUCAAACAUGCAAGCAGUCUCUGUUCCCUUUACUGAUGAUAUUGAGGUUGCAAAAAGUCAGGAAUCACAAGUUGAUUUUGUGCAGCAGUCACCCAUUCCUUCUCCUAUUAUGAAUGCAAUCGAAUCUUUGACACAGGAUUUGGAUUUACAAUCAUUCCCUGCUAUGUCUGAGGAUGACAUUGAAUCUUCACUGUAUCAUGGGGUUGAUUCAUCCCAGAUGUCAUCCAUACAUUCUCCUGUUAUCAAUCCUAUGUUGAGUGUUGCUAUAGCUACUAAUGAGAGGUCUGAUGAUGUCUCAUCAUUGUUGUCGGAGACACAGCAAACAAUUUCAGCAGUUUCUGAACCUCCUCAGUUGGCUGCAUCAGAUAUGCAACAGUCACUGCAGAUGCCAUUAAAUUUGUCAACAUGCAAAGAUUCUAACAUCUUUCCUCCCAACACAGCUACAGAAUGGCAAUCACCAAGUGGUACAAACAUGCAAGUUGUCUCAGCAUGUUCCACAUCACAUGAGCAGCUUGAAAGAGAUUCAAUGGAUGUAGAUAAGUCAGUUGAAGAUGAACGAGACAGUAACUCUAUUGUCACAAGUUUUGGUAGUCGUUUACCAAGCAGUCAACAAGAACGAGAACAGCAGCCUAAAAAACAAAGAGUAAAGAAACGAAAAAGAAAGGCAGUUGAAUCUGCAUCUUCAUUUCAAGAAAUUGAAUAUGAAGGCAUUAGAAUGAGUGAUGGUUCUAAAUGUCAAAACAUUACGCAGCCCAAAAUAAAGAAAACUAAUACGACACAAUCAGUCAUAAGGAAUACUGAUGUGCUGUCAUCUGACAAUCAAGACAUGCAACAACAACAACAACAGCAACAGGAAGGAACAAAAGUCAAUAGAAAGAAGCAAACAAAAGCUUCAUCUUCACAAUCUGAAGAGACAUUGCCUCUCAAUGUUGAUGAAUCUUCUACUGAGAACACAACUACUUUACCUCAACACAUUCAAGAAAGGGUUUCUAAGAGUUUGAGAGAC